AUGUCAAUCCAAAAAUUCAUCCAAAACCUCAAAACUGUGAAGGGUUAUCAAAUUCAAACCCCAUACAUAAACCCCAAAGCCAAAAUUGGUGACACCAUAAUCUCCACAAUCUUAAUUCCCUCAAAUUCACAGCCAAUCCCCACUGCUCUCCUUUCCAAGCUCACCCCCGGUCUGGUUCAUCUCAUUCUCUCAGACCCACAUCUCAAACUCCCCAAAUGUCUUGAUUUCUUCAAUUUCCUCUUAAAAAACCAAUCUUCGAUCAAUUUCAAGCUAAAUCUUGAGUCCCACUUCAUCCUCAUUUGCAGGCUGGUGAAACAAAGAAAAUUCACAGAUGCUGAGCGUCUCUUGGGAUUUUUCUUUAAGGAUGAAAAGCUCAGAAUGGUGGAUAUGGGUAUCGAGGUUUCGGUAUUCUCGUUGACUGUUGUGGUUGAUGGUUUGUGUAAGAAUGGAGAGAUAAAGAGGGCUAAAGAAUUGGUGGAUGAGAUGUUGAGCAGCGGAAUAAAGCCCAAUGUUAUUACAUUUAAUAUAAUGGUGAAUGCAUGCACAAAAAGAUGGAAAUUUGAGGAGUUGGAGAAGAUUUUGGAUUUGAUGAAAUGGGUAGGUGUGGAUAUGAAUGUGGAGACAUUCAAGUUUUUGGUUGAUGGGUUUUCGAGUUGUGGGAAGAUUGAAGAAGCCGAAAAGAUUGUUUUGGAGAUGCACCAGAAGGGUUUUAUAGUGGGUGCACAUUUAUAUAAUUUGGUUAUACAUGGGUAUUGUAGAGUAGGAGAUGUGGAUAGGGCUCUUUCAAUAUUUUGUAAAAUGAAAGAAGAAGGCAUCUGUCCGAAUGUCGAUACCUAUGGGAUUCUGGCUAGUCAUAUUUCUAACAUGGGAGAGUUGGAAACUGCUAAAGACUUCAUAAAAGAAAUGCAAAGUAAGGGAAUUGAAUGA